UAAGAACCCAGCUCCAGUUACGGACAGCUUUUUUCGCGUCCCAAGGGUGUCUGCUUAAUACAAGAACUCCCACUGUAUUCGUAAAAAUACUGGAAGUGAAAAUGCGCUCCUGUUAUGCUUGCAUUACACUUGUUUGGUUUAGCAGAAUAUUUCUUCGCCCUCCAAAACAAGUGACACAAGGAACACAAGGCAGCCAAAGACAAAUGGCCUUGAUACCUAAUUCCUUGAUAUCUGAUCCAUUCUCGUCCCCAGUGCAACACAUCUUUUGCGCCCUCUGCGCAUGGCAACUCCUUCCCGCCAAUUUGUGGCGCCAUAUUGAAAAUUGGUUUCCCCGGCGGAAGAACGACAGAAAACAUGCCCGUCCACUUCAGAGCCGUGGACAAUGCCGUCGAGACAGUCAAGAAAGUGAAAGAAUACGUGAACAAUGGCUUUGGCGUAACUUUAGAUGUAGCUUUAGAUUUAGAAGAAGUUUGCAAGGAAAGCGAGCGAGUGAAGGAGUUGGAAGAUACCAUGCUUCAGUAUGUUGAAAUGGAACGAGAAAUGGACCAUUGGGUUAAAGCUGCUGAACUUGCCAAGGCAGAAUUUAAUCGACAAUACGAUGCGUCAAGUGAUAAUAUCCCUAAAAUUGAGGAGAUCUUUCAGAGGAAGUUAACAGAAGUAAGUGGAAAGGAUUAUGAGUUGAAUUCCCACCCAAAGGUGAAAGAAUUCAGAGAAAAGGUGUGGAAUAUCCAUCAUCAAGGACAGCCAAUGCCAACUGCUGAGACACAACAAGGGCUGGAGGAUGAAGAUAUUAUAAUGUCUCAGGUACCAGCAGAACAAACCAAAUGCCCACUGACUCUGAGGGAGAUGAUCAAACCCAUGAAGAGUAAAAUCUGCGGUCAUAAUUACGAUCAUGAUGCCAUUAUGCAACACAUCAGCCGAGGACGAGGACGAGCUAAGUGCCCAGUUUGCGGGCAGCUACUUACCAAAACCGAUCUUGAGCACAACACAGUGUUGGAGCAUUCCAUUAAGAGAAAAAACAGAAGAAAAUAAAAAGUGUAAUGUCAGCAAUUGAUUAAUUUAGACAAGUACAAACAUGUUUGCGUUAUAUUUUGAAAUAACUGUUCAGAUAAUAGAAAAGUAUCGAAAAUUUAAAAUUUAUAUAGUUUAAAGUGCUUUUUGGUCCAAGAAGAGAUUGUUCUGGUUGUAAUAAAUUUAUAUAUUUUUUAUAGUA